GUUUUAACUCCUGCUCAGGGAGAAGAGCAAGGCCACAGCCCAGCAUGCUGCCAACCUAGUGAAGAAGAAGAUGGACCAGGAGCUGGUGGAGGAGAACCAGAAGCUGAAGGCAGAACGAGAGACCCAGCGCAGGGAGGACCAGCUGAGAGACAGCCUCUCAGAGCUCCAGAAGUUGAAAGAGGAGACUGCUAAUUAUGCCAAAGAGGCAGAGAGAUGGAAGGUGGAGAGGAACACACUCCAGAACCAUUCAGAGCAGCUGGCGAAACACCUGCAAGUUGCCAAACAGGAAGUGCAGGGUCCUAAGUGUGGAAGGGACAUGGUAGUGCAGGCUAUGAGGGGACAGUUAAAGAAGAAGGAGAAGCAGGUGGAUAAGCUCCUGGACUCAGCGGUGGCUGAACGGUUCUGUCGACUGGCUAAGAGAGUCGAUUCUCUGAGAGGAUUAAGAGAGAGAAACCCAGGUAACACGGAUAGCGACAGCCUUACGGAGGCUAUCAACAUUGUCAUAAACAACAGCAUCUCUGCCCCGGUUGCCAUGGAGAAGCUGGAGUCGGCAUGGAGAGAUUACAGCCUGGCUCAGGAGAAACUCAAGGCCUGUCAGAUGAAGGAGCAGCUUGGGGAUCUGAUAGACAACCGGAAUAAGGUGCGAGGUGUUCUGACUGCCACUGUAGAGUCCUUCCUUCAGGAGGCUGAGUGUUUGCCAGUCAGACAACGCAUGGACAAACUGGAGGAGGUGAGCUCCUCCCUGACUGCAGUGUUUGGUCCAGCCUCUAUGGAGGGGGAUGUUGGAGGGCAGGCCUUUGAUCAGUACAGCCAGUGGAGGACUCAGAGGACUCAGCUCACCAGCUCUGUCAGAGACGGGACGGACAAGGCCCUCCAGGCCCUGUGUACCUGGUCGGAGAACGUUGGCAAGUUUUUCUGCCUGUCAGCUAACACAGUGGUGGGAGUGAAUGACAUCGUGGACGGAGUGAAUGAGCUGCUGAAGCAGGCAGAGAACAACGUGGCCAAGGAGCUGGACUCUCCCCUGUCAGUCGGGGAGCAGAACAACCAUGAGACCAAGGCAGUGUCCAAUGCUUUCCACAAAGUCAUGCAGCACAUUCAGAGUGAGCAGAGUCUGCUGAGGGACAUUAUGGAGAAAUAUCUGCUCAACACCAAGUUUAAGGGUGAGAUGCUACAGUGGCAGAAUGCUAGCCCGACUCCAGACUCUCUGUUCUCUGUGAAGAAACGUAUCCGCAGCCUGAGGGCUCAGCUGAGGUGGAGACAGGUGGAGGAGGCCAGUCUGGAGGAGGCUGAAGAUUUUGACCUAACGGAGAUUCUGAAGAAGAAGGAAGAGAUUGCUGAGACCAGAAACACUCUUUUCCACGAAAUCGGUCAAGAAAGAAAUGAAUAUAUGAAGCUCAGUGCUCUGGCUGAAGGCUGCUGUCCUGAGCUCCCCCUGCUCUACCCUGAGGCAGACAUCCACAGCCACAUGAGCUCUGGAGGUCUGGUGGUGAAGAGUCUGGACAGGGACAUGUUUGACGCUGAGCCCAUGAAGGAGCUGAGUGGACGCAGGCCUCUGGUCUGUACUGAGUUCCAGGGACAGAGGGUCAUACUCAAGGGUUACACUGUGAAUGAGGAGGCAGAGGCCAGAGUGUUGGAGAGAACCACCCAGUUUCACAGAACCAGGACUCAGCGGGAGAGUCAGACUGACACUGGAAUACUCCCUCUUCUGGCACUGUUCUUUGGCAAGUCAGACCCUCUUGCCUAUGUGAUGGUGCCAUACUUCCCCAAUGGAAGUCUCUGGAAUGUUCAGGCUGCCAAACCCCUAACUGCCUCAGAGACUGUGAAGGUGAUGAGAGGCGUGGCCAGGGGCCUCCAGGCCCUCCACGCUGCAGGCGUCACCCAUGCCUCCCUCAACCCCAACAACGUCUUCGUCCUCCACCGACACCAAGGCAUGGUGGGAGACUACGACUUCAUAAAGACUCCUGUACAGAGGGCAGUGGACAGUGGGAUGGUGGCCGGCUCUAUCAGCCUGGUGGCCCCGGAGCUCCGUCAGACACAAGGCACACCACCUACUCCAGCCUGUGACAUGUACUCCUACGGCUGCCUGCUGUUCUGGCUGCAUGCCCCAGGGUUCAACGGGGAUCUGGAUAGUGGAAGCAGACUGGCCCUGGAUAUCAGCGGAGUGAAACUGGAGGACAAACUCCAAGCCCUGCUGUCUAAGCUGCUGGUGUGUGUUGGAAGACUGACUGCUGCUGAGACCCUGGUUGAUGACUACUUCCUGUCUGACCAGUAACCAGGCAACUGGUACAUACUGGGAUAGUUUGGUCGACAGUUUUACUUUAAUAUUAGUCUGUUUAGCUAACAUUCCACUCCGUGACAUGCCAAAUAUAGUUUACUAUGUCAAGAAGUGGAAUAAUGGCUAAACAGACCAGUAUCCAGACUACUUCAAUACUACAAUGUUUUGUUGAUCUCCCAAUAUAAAAGCACAAUAUAUUUGUCAGUCUGCUGAUUUAAAAGCACAGUAUCAUGUUGUUUAACUGUAUAUUAUUUUCCUUUUUAAAUGUUCUGUUCAGUAACUAGGUGAUGUUGGAGUACCCUGUCUUGCAGUUGUCACUUUCUAGAGUAAAUAAAAUACACGUUCUGAGAUGGA